UGCGUUGGCCUAGCUAUGGCUGUGUCGCUCGCGUGCCAGGCGCCGAGGACUCCAAUGGCGAUUCCUCCAUCGUAUGCAGACCUUGGCAAAUCUGCCAGAGAUAUCUUCAACAAAGGAUAUGGGUUUGGGCUGGUGAAACUGGAUGUGAAGACAAAAUCUGCAAGUGGAGUGGAAUUCACAACAUCUGGUUCAUCGAACACAGACACUGGAAAAGUGAAUGGAAGCUUGGAGACCAAAUACAAGUGGGCUGAGUAUGGGCUGACUUUCACAGAAAAAUGGAACACAGAUAACACUCUGGGAACAGAAAUUGCAAUUGAAGAUCAGAUUGCCAAAGGCUUGAAGUUGACGUUUGAUACAACUUUCUCACCAAAUACAGGAAAGAAAAGCGGGAAAAUUAAGUCAGCAUAUAAACGUGAAUGCCUAAACUUAGGUUGUGAUGUUGAUUUUGAUUUUGCUGGGCCUGCAAUCCAUGGUUCGGCUGUCUUUGGUUAUGAAGGAUGGCUAGCGGGCUAUCAAAUGACUUUUGAUAGUGCCAAAUCAAAAUUGACAAGGAAUAACUUCUCUGUGGGUUACAAGACUGGAGACUUCCAGCUUCACACCAACGUCAAUGAUGGUUCAGAAUUUGGCGGUUCAAUUUACCAGAAAGUGAGUGACAAUCUUGAAACUGCCGUAAACCUGGCAUGGACAGCUGGUAGCAACAGCACUCGCUUUGGAAUUGCAGCUAAAUACAAGUUGGAUUCCACCGCUUCUAUCUCUGCAAAAGUGAACAACUCUAGUCUAGUUGGAGUGGGUUACACCCAGACCCUGAGGCCAGGUGUGAAGCUUACUUUGUCUGCCCUGAUAGAUGGAAAGAGCAUCAAUGCUGGUGGCCAUAAACUUGGUCUUGGCCUGGAAUUGGAGGCUUAAAAAGGUGAAGAAACUGCUGCAGAGAAGGGAUAUCAGAAGAAUUUGGCCUUAAAACGUAUUUCCAAUGUGACCAGCAGGCUUUUUCCCAAAAAGAGUACAAGAGCUGUAUUUGUAUUUAGACAGUUACUUGUUAGCUGGUUUCUAGUUAAAUUGGUUACCCGUCUAGUUACAAGUCUGCACUAGCGCAGUCACUUAAACAUUAUUUAAAUGUAUUUAACUGUUCAAUGCGCUACCCACAAAUAAUGAAAUAGACAUCUGAGAAAACUGUACAAUUGUGUGCAUGUUUGUUUUAUGUUCCUUUUAACAUUCAAUAUUGCUGUUGAAUGGAAAAUCAAUCAGUGGAUAUCUUGAAAUGAGGUCAACAGUUUUGUCAAAUCACCUUAAGUAGAAAUACAUUUGGUAUCCCAAGAUGACUCAAAUUAUGAAUAAAACAAGUACACACAUACUUAUGCCUCAGAUAUUUUAAGAGUUAAGAUAAUAGGGUAGUGCUCAGUUAAGUUUUAACUAAUGCUAACUCAAGAUGUAGUGCUCUGUAUCUUUGUGCAAUUAAGGACUCACCCCAUCCAUGAAAAUGCUGAAUAUAGCUGGUUUUCACCAAACAGUUAGAUUCCUCAAGCAAGUCAUGUCUUUGGUUUUGGUUUGUUUUGGUUUUGUUCAGUUAAGGUAAGAUUUGUCAUGUCACGAUGGCUUAAGUCCCUUUUGUUUCGUGGGCAAGAUUUACUGCAUUACUAGUUGGCCUGCUCAUGUAAAGGGUGCAGAGUGAUUUCCAUGCCAUGUUAAGGCAUUUAAAAAUUGCUUUUACACAAGGGAAGGGGGGGAAGGGGAAGAAAUCCCACACUUAUCUGCUUAUAUUUGUAUGAAGUGAGACUUAACAACUGCAACUGAAUGUAAUGGUACAACAGCCUGCUUAGCCCAAAUACUGUGAGAGGUUUCUGCUUAAACUGAAUGAAAUAAAGGCUUAAUUUUAAGUGGAAA